AUGCUCCGGUCACGUGGCUCACUUUAUGAAGCCAGACUGUCAAAUCUGAAACUUCCUGGGGUGCGAUGCAGUACAUGCAAGACUAUGACAUUUACUUCAGCAAUGUAACUCGUCAAGAGAUCGCGCGUUUGUAAAGAGUCCAGCUACUUAAAGCGAUUAGCGCAGUUGUGUGGAGUAGAGCGGGUUUGUUGUUUGAAGAGGAUGUGUGUGUGCUGACAGUGACACGAGCGGCAAACGAGCAGCUCCUUAUAUCUGCCUAAGAGCACGGCAUGAAGAGAUCAGAAAGUUGGGAGUCUGGGGCUCUUUGACUGGUGCUGUUAGUGGUGCUGGCUGCCAGGUCAUGAAGAUCCGCUGGUCAAGGAAGGUGGCUCUCCUGGCCAAGGUCGGCUUCCUCUUUUCUCUGCUGUGGCUCUUCUAUCUCCUUGUAGUCCGCUCUUCCCCUCCAUCUUUGGCUGAUAAUGAUGGUCAACGCGACAUCCUGGUCCGUGACCUUUCAUCCAAUGAGGAGGAGGAGGACUCCGACAGCCUCCAGCAGCCCGUUUAUGAGAAGCCAGCACCAGACUCCAACGCUCCUGGAGAAUAUGGCCGAGCCACUCGAUUGACCCUCAGCACUGAGGAGAAGAAAGAGGAGGAGGCCAGCAUUGAGCGCUAUGCCAUCAACAUCUUCACCAGCGACAAGAUAUCCCUCCAUCGCCAUAUUCAAGACAACAGGAUGCACGAAUGCAAAGCAAAGAAGUACAACAUCCGCCAUCUGCCUACAACAUCAGUGGUCAUAGCAUUUUACAAUGAGGCCUGGUCCACUUUACUCAGAACCAUCCAUAGUGUGCUGGAGACCACGCCAGCCAUCCUACUGAAGGAGAUCAUACUCGUGGAUGACUUCAGCGACAGAGGAUAUCUGAAGUCACAGCUGGCUCAGUAUGUCAGUAACCUGGAGCGUGUUCGUCUCAUUCGCACCAAAAAAAGAGAAGGUCUGGUACGGGCACGGCUCAUUGGCGCCACCUACGCUACAGGACAUGUGCUCACCUUCCUUGACUGCCACUGUGAGUGUGUGCCUGGCUGGAUCGAGCCACUGCUGGAGAGAAUUGGUGAGAAUGAGACCACCAUCAUAUGUCCGGUGAUUGACACCAUUGACUGGAACACAUUUGAGUUCUACAUGCAGACAGAUGAGCCGAUGGUGGGCGGCUUUGACUGGAGGCUGACGUUCCAGUGGCAUGCCGUGCCUGAAAUCGAUCGCAAGAUACGCAAAUCCAGAAUUGACCCCAUUAGGUCUCCCACUAUGGCAGGGGGCCUAUUUGCCGUCAGCAAGGCCUACUUUGAGUAUCUGGGCACUUACGACAUGGGCAUGGAGGUCUGGGGAGGAGAGAAUCUGGAACUUUCUUUCCGGGUGUGGCAAUGUGGAGGGUCUUUAGAAAUUCACCCAUGCUCCCAUGUGGGUCAUGUGUUCCCCAAGAAAGCGCCAUACUCCCGAUCCAACUUCCUUCAGAACACUGUCCGUGCUGCGGAGGUUUGGAUGGACUCUUACAAACAGCACUUCUAUAACCGAAACCCUCCGGCACGCAAGGAAUCUUAUGGGGAUAUAUCUGAAAGGAUUGUACUGAGAAAGCGGCUUCAGUGUAAGAGCUUUGAAUGGUACCUGCAGAAUAUCUAUCCCGGCCUGCAUGUGCCAGAGGACAGGCCUGGAUGGCAUGGGGCGGUGCGUAGUGCCGGAAUCCACUCUGAAUGUCUGGACUACAACGCCCCGGACCACAAUCCAACAGGAGCUCACCUGUCCUUGUUUGGCUGCCAUGGUCAGGGUGGUAAUCAGUACUUUGAGUACACAUCUCAUAAGGAGAUUCGGUUUAAUUCUGUGACUGAGCUGUGUGCUGAAGUUCAGGAUGGAAUGACACACAUAGGGAUGAAUCAUUGUCCACAAGACGGUGCUCCCACACCCCCCAUCAUCAUGUGGGAGUUCAGAGACGAUGGCAGCAUAUAUCAUCCACAUUCAAACAUGUGUAUCACGUCCUACCGCACACAAGAUGGCCGUACUGAUAUCCAGAUGACAAGUUGCGUUCCCGGAGACAAACACCAGCGCUGGAAAUUCGAGUGACUUUAAACCUCAUGUGAACUUAAAUGUAAGUGCAAUUAUCAAAAGGAACAGCAUUCAACAGGAACUAAGAACAGGCAUAAAAAUGGGACCCAUUCUCCAUCAAGUGCCUUUGCAAACCAAAAUGAGCAUAUAUUUGUAGUGCCAAUUCUUGUGUUUCCUUGCUAGAGACGUUCAGUGUGCUAUUACAAGUCUGAAGUGCAUAUUAGAACUGUUAAUAAUAACACAUUGUAGCAAAUUCAACCAUCCAACGAACAUAGUGUUGUGUUGGAGCAGCGUUUUUGUUUACACUGAUGCACUAUAUGCCUUUUAGUGAAUCAUUUUUAGACUCAGCAGUAGCUAAUCUUUAAAUCUACUGCACAGCGAUUUAUUUAAUUGUACCAGAAGUGACUGAUUUGAAGAUGUUGUGAAUGGGUUUGUUGCCUUUUGGUCUCCUAGGAUAUUUUUUUGUGUCAUUUUGUGACUGUUUUUCCUUUUCAUUUGUAUUGCUAGGGUAUUUAGGGACUUUUCACCUUAUUUUGUGAAAGCUCUGUGGAUGAUUUUGGCACUCUGGUGUUAAUGGAACUUUACCAGAAUUUAAAGUCUCACUCAAACUAACAUCUGUGUUCAAAUAGCAUAUUAAUAUGUAUACUUCAGUUUGAAGUAGAUUACAGGAACUACACUUCAGAGUUGGUACAAAAUGUAAAGCAAUUUAUGGACCAAACUUUUCAGAUUGUACAUGUUUUCAUGUUUUUUUCUUCGCCUAAACCAACUUUACCUUGCAUUUAAGAACCAAGAUUUUCUCUACAAAACAUUAGGGAAUUAUCCACUUUACCUGUAAAUUGUUUUCCUAGGAAAAUGUAUUGUAUGUAAUUUAUUGACUCAACAGAAAGUGCCUCUUCAGACUCAUUUAUUUUCACAGAUCAGAGUAUACCAUGAUAUUAGCCAAUGUAAAACAUUCAGAAAAUCGACUAAGUGCUAUUAUCACGGGUGUUCCAGCUUUUUUAAACAUUCAAAACUAGAAAAAUAAGAAGUUUCUCACAGGAUUAUCGGUAAAUAUCUUGAAAAUGCUAUAUCGUAAAUGACUGUACAUGGAAAACGCCUUAUUUUUGCACUAAAAAGGAUUUAAAAUGGCAACACUUUUUUAGGUCUCAUUUGUAAUUGUCAAUUUAAUAGGGAUUUUGGGAACGUGAUCAUGAAAUUACUACUGAUAAAGCACAGUUUGUUGUGACCACGUGUUUUGCUUAUGGACUGUAAUGAAGUAUUUUUGGAACAUGGAAAAAGUACAAAGUAUUUUUGUCUGUAUAAAUUAAAUUAAAGUUAUAAAUGUUA